AUGGGCGUAUGGCCAGUACUUUGAAUUGGCAUUUGUUGGGGUAAGUCGAUGAUCGAACCACCUUAUAAAAAGUGGAUGUCUGGCUGCGCACAAGCAUGUAAUGUAAUCACAGCUCAGCUGCAUUGCGCUCGUGAAGCGAGCCUAUACGUACGUAAUUCCUUCCUUCUUCCCUUUGAAUGGCGCAACGCAACGACCACCAAGCUGCUGCGGCUAGCUGCAGCCGACCGGCCGGCGGUGGAUCGGCCAGGUCGUCGACGCCGCCGUCGUACGCCACGAAUGGCGCCACACCGGCUGCAGGAGCGAUGGACAUCGAGGCGCCGAACAGCGAGGUGGCGGCCGGCGGGAGGCGGCCAGCUGCUGAUCAUUGGCGCUCCGCGAUGGACGCGCUGAUCUGCAAUUGCCUGCGCCCACCGCCGCAACCCUCUCCGGCAGAUACAAGUGACAACGAGAUACAAGUGACGCCGGUAAAAGUGACCAUUUGUUCUGAAGGAGGCGAUAACUACAGAUGCCGUCUUUUCGGUGUCCCCGAGCAUAUCAGCAGAACAGACAGAGCAGAGCACGAGCCGAGCUACAUUUCCAUCGGACCCUAUCACUGUCGUAGAGAGGGGCUGCAUGUCAGGUCGAACCAGUGGAAAAGGGAUUGCAAGAAACAUGUGAUUGACCGCUUGGAAUCUCCAAAAGGGGAGGCUAGCUUACUUGAAGCGAUGAAGGAGAUUGAAGGUGAAGUGAGGAAGUACUACGAUGAAAUAAUCUCGUCCCAUGUCCUCCACGAAAGCGGCAUAACUUUCCGUGAAAUGAUGGUGAAUGACGGAUGCUUCCUACUAAUCACCCUACAAGGUUUGCAAGUGCCAGGCACAGAUGGGAUCGUGUGGGAUAACCAGUUGUGGUGGCAUGACAUCUUCCUCUACGGAAACCAGCUCCCCUUCGUUGUUUUGAGGAAAAUCUACCAGCAGCUUAACCUCCCGGCCGAUAUUGAAAACGGCCAAGAAGACUGUCCCCUAGGGAGGAUCAGCAAGGUCAUCGAGUCUGGGCUGACAAGCUACACCAAUAGGACGGUGAGCAACCCAGGCAACGCCGACCAUAUCCUGCACCUGUGCCACGAGCUGCUCAAGCCAACUAGCUCGGCGGAAAUGCCGCCGCCGCCGGCCAGCGAUAACCAGCAGGUGCGUGUGUGGCGCCGGGCAACGGAGUACAGCGAGCUGCUGGUGGAGUUCAAGAAGAGAGAAUUCGGCAGCGAGCCCGGCGACGCGCAGUGCAUCUCGGACGUUAGGAUCGUCGGCCGUGUGGUGGAGAUACCCAAGCUGGAGCUGCAGCCGGAGACGUGGAGGCUGCUCCGGAACCUGAUGCUGCUGGAGGAGACGAACAAGCAGCUCGGCGGCCAUGUCACCGCUUACUGCACCUUCAUAUCGCAGCUGGCCUCCACCCCCGCGGACGUCGGCCUGCUCACGAAGAAGGGCAUCCUCGUGCACUUGGAGAAUAGCGACGAGAUGGCCGCCAAGAAGCUAAGCAUGCUGUGCGAGCAGAUCGAUUAUGCUACGGAGGACUACCUGAUCAAGUCAGUGUGGUACAAGCUGGAUAGCCACUGCAGCAGCAGGUGGUGGCUUUGGCGGGCGAAGCUGCGCCGCUACAGGGACUGGAAUAACCCGCUCGUUUGGCUGGGCGUCCUUGCUGCCUUCGUCUUGUUCCUGUGCGCCAUAUUACAAGCAGCCUACAGCAUGUUAGCCUAUUACAAGCAGGGUUCACAAUCUCGGAGUACUUAAUUUUGCCAAAAAUUUCUGGGUUUACGAUUUAAAUUAGUCAGUUUUCCAAAAAAGUUCAGGUUUUGAGCUUUUAGAGUUCACAUUACCAUAUCCAAUUAUUUUAUAUCUUCAGUUCUGCUGUCGUGAUUGGUCAAUUGAUUCCUUGGAUUUGGAUAUGAUACAUUAUGGUCUUGUUUGUUUGGUUCUCUCAAAGGUUGCCACGCCAACUUUUAGUUGUUUACGGGCGCUUGGACCCAGUUAUUGUACGCUCAAUUUCUUGCCAAACAUUAUCAGUCUUAUCACUAACAAAAUUGCUAGCUAUAUAUACUUUGUGUUGUGGGCUUGUGGCAUGUCACACUUUUCACAAAGUGCGCUGUUGCAAGUUUACUCA